AUGGCAAGCAUCGUGACCGUUUACAUUUUAGGCACCGUCACUCUGCUUAAGUGUAUGCUUGACAUUCACCGGAUCUUUUCAACAGGCGGCGAGUAUCAGUACAUAUUGAACGACCUGUACGUCACCGACUACUGCGUGUGGCUUCAAGGUUGCAGCGACGAACUCCUUUGGUCGGUUGGCAACGAACUCGAAGAAGUGCAUAUAAAGAAGGCUGACUUGCAGCUUAGUUUGAAGGAACUAGAAAUCGGCGGCCAGCUUGCAUUGGCCGAAGCAGUGAAUAAAGACGCCAGCAGCAACGAGUCUACCCAGCGAACCAUAGAAACUUCGAGCGAGUUGUUGCGCGAAAUUUUUCAGCAUGUCGACCGUGUAUCAGCCCAGCUACCGGACUCAGGUCUCGACUCAGACGAUGACGAAACUGCUUCCGAAGCAUCGUCGGUUGAUCGCCAGUUCAUUCCUAUUGUCGACAACCGUCCUGAUGAACAAGAGCUUGAACAGUUAUUCCAGGAACUUUAUUUGCGAGAGGGGCACAAUUAA